AUGAACAGACUUCAUUUCAUCUAUAUAUUACGUAUGCAUUUGUGCAUGUAAUGAAGUUAAAUUAGCUCGUUGAUGAUGGCGGCACUUCUUUAUCUCAUCACCCUCUUUUCUCUCCCAGCCAUAAUGGUUACAUUAGCAGAAAGUAUAAGCAUUGACUGUGGAUCAACGGGAUCUUACAUUGACUCCAACAAUGUAACAUGGCUCGGAGAUAAAGGCUUUGUCACCACUGGUGAGCCUAUGAAGAUUCCGGACGUUGUCACAAAGCCCAUGAACACUCUCCGGUACUUCCCAACCGGUCAAACCAACUGCUACUCCAACAUUCCGGUGACCAAAGGCCAGAAAACGCUCGUGAGGACGAGCUUUAAAUACGAAAACUACGAUGGGAAGUUCUCGCCACCAUCUUUUGACGUUAUUUAUGACCGCAAACACCGUGACUCUAUUAAAAUUACUGAGUCGUUGCUCAACGACGAAGAAAAUUUCUAUUUCUCGGAGGUGAUAUUUGCUCCGGCAAAUGAGAAUAUCAGUGUAUGCUUCUUCCGGACGUCUCCGUCCUAUAACCCUUUUAUAUCUUCUAUUGAGGUUUAUGGUAUGGACGCUGGCAUGUACAACGAUCUUGGUCCUAACGAAGGUCUCCUUCUCCAAGAAAGAAUGGCGUACGGUGCUGAAGAGAUUAUAAGCUACCCGUUAGACCCUUACGGUAGGCUAUGGUCCGCGUCAGGAUCCCAAGAAACCCCAACACUGACCGAUCUAUCGACCUCAGCCCCAUCAAUAGACAUCACCCGAGCGUCGAACAAGCCGCCGGAGAUUGUUAUGUCAAAGGCAGUGUCAGGAGACGGCUUAAAAAUUUCUUAUGAGGCUCUACCCUUAACCGGGAUAACGGUAUACUUGGUUCUUUACUUCUCAGAACCUGAGAGUCUAGGUCGGACCCAAAGAAGGUCUUUCAACGUUUUCUUGGACACCACUAACGUGGGUUCGCGUCCCAUUGUACCGGUGUUUGGGGAAGCGACUCAAUUUGUUUUGAGAGAUGUAGUGGCCACGUCGAUGUCCCAGAUAAUCUUUCAGUCAACCGAUGACUCGGAUUUGCCGCCCCUCAUCAAUGGGUUGGAGCUGUACUCAAUAAGUAACAGCAACCAAGACACCCAAGGUCCCGGAGCUACGGAACCACACAAAAACAAUGCCGUAGAAGAUGUGACGAAAAUAAAGGGAGGAAAGAAGAAGAAAAACAAAUUACCACUUAUUUUUGGUGUUACGUUUGCUUCUGCGUUUGCAAUUCUCUCAUCCGGUUUUGGGGCUAUUUUCUUGAGAAGGCGUCAAAACGCAAGACCACACUCCAACACAACACCGACUAUGUCCACAGGGCAUGGAACAAACACGGGGAUGUCGCCACUAGUUGAACAGCAGUUCGUCAGCGACACGAAUGAUUCGUAUGUUGUUCAAGAAGAACAUCAUUGACAUGGACCCUACAUUUCUUUUCUUAUUUAUGAUUUUUCUUUAUUUUAUAAAUAAAAAUUCUUUUGAAUUUUAUAUCCGACCAACAAUUGUUAUAACUCACUAGUAGGAAAUGGUAGUAACAUAUAAAAUGCCAAAUCUAAAACCUUAUCUGAAUAGUGAUUUUGUAAGAAGUGUACUUCCGUGGUUUUGA